AAACAAUGCCGGUGUUUCAUUUACGGCAUUUCUGUAGCACCGUAUCAAGUUCUCGACCUUAUCCGGUGUUACAUACCUAGACGCUUACCUGAAAAGCGCGUGACUCGGGUCUUGGACACAAGGUAUGGGUUGACAAGCAACGGGUAAGGAUCUGGUAAGCAACGUUCAAGACCCUAGUAGGCCACGGAAAUGCUCCGUAGUAGCAUCGGAGUGUUAUUAUGCAUGUGGAUUUUUGUACGUGGGUCCAGAAAUGCAAGAUCAAAGAACGCAGGGUCGGAUUCGUAGACGAUCUCGGGAAGUAUAUUGGACAAUACUUGACCACACUGCAUGAACUCUGUACGAAAAACGUCGCAAACGUAAUUCAAACUACUACAUCACACUCGACUAUCGAUCAUGGCUAUUCCCGAGGGCUUCAGCAACGGCGUUCAUGCUGAUGAGCAUCAUACAGACUCCACCAAGCCCGUCGAAGAUGUCGACCUAGUCAUUGUAGGAGCGGGACCGACAGGCCUACUAUCGGCUUUGCUCGCGCGACAACUCGGCCUCAGUGUUUGUAUUCUAGACGCGAAGCAAGGCCCUCUCGAAGUUGGUGGUGCAGACGCUAUCACUGCUCGCACACAGCAGUAUCUGGAAGUAGCUAGCAAUGCUGAGCAAGGCCACAAAGAUGCAGGUAUUCUCGGAGAGCUCCUAAAAGAAGGCGUAAAAUGCAAUACAAGCACAACCUACGCAGAUGGAGAAUUUACAAGCCGGCAGAGCAAGUGGUGGAACGGCAUUCCCCACACCUUCUACAACAACCUCCUCAUGAUCGGCCAGCCGUACAUUGAACGCCAUUUCGUGUCUCACAUCGACACACCUAUCCACUACGACGAGCCGGCGCUCACCUUCUCUCACACAACUUCCCCGCUCAGCGUCACGGUACAAACGGCGAAACGCACAGUACACGCAAAGUACUGUCUUGCGGCCGAUGGAGCCCGCAGCUUCCUCAGAAACAAGCUCAACAUCGGCUGGGAGGGCACAAAGCCAAACAUGGUGUGGGCCGUGCUGGACUGCUGGAUCGACACCACGUUCCCUGUGACCAGAGAGAUUGUGACACUUCAAGUAGAUGGCGAGUCGAGGAUGGCAUGGAUCCCACGUGAGCGUGGCAUGCAGCGAUUCUACGUGCUGCUCGACGGCGAGAUCACGCAGGAGAAGACUGAGGCAUCGAUCCGAAGGCACAUGGCCCCCCACCCCGUCGAAUUCACGCACGUCGAAUGGUUCAGCAAAUUCGAAAUCAAAGAACGCGUGGCAUCCACUUUCCUCCACCCCACCCCCGAAGGACCCUACAUCCUCGCCGGCGACGCAGCACACGUGCACUCAGUCAACGGCGGACAGGGCAUGAACACCGGCCUCUCCGACGCCUUCAACCUGAUCUGGCGCCUCUACUUCACGCUGCGCCGCCCGUCUCUCCCCGCCGCGACCGCGCACGCACUCAUCUCGAGCUACGACACCGAGCGCCGCGAAACAGCCAAGGGCGUCAUCGACGUCGCCGCACAGCUCGUCCGCAGCACCCUCGCCGACGCCAAGGGCUACGUCGAGCUGAUCGAGAAGAACGCCGGCUUCAUCACCGGCAUGGGCGUGCAGUACGCCGACGUCGCGUCCCCGCUGGUCCGCGCCUCGCGCCGCGCCGUCUGGACCGCGGGCCAUCGCGCGCCCGACCUGUGGCUCGCGGACCCCUGCUCCGGACACGCCCGCCGCCUGUACCAGACGCUGACGUACGGGCGCUAUCUGCUGGUCGUCGUGGGCGCGCCGCGGGCCCGCGUCGCCGUCGCGGCGCCCGCGUUCGUGACGCUGCUCAGACUCGCCGGGUUGAAGGCGCGGCGCGUGGGCGCGCAGCUGCGGGCCGAGGACGCGGUGGAGGAGGAGACGCACGCCGAAGCGUAUGGGUGCUCGUGGGUCAAGAGCGGGGACGAGUAUGCGGUGCUGGUGCGGCCGGACUGCUACGUUGAGUUUGUGGGGGCCGUGGGCGAGGUGCUGGGAUAUGUGCAGGAGCGACUACCCGGGCUCGUCACGCUCGAAGGGUGAUUUCCCGCGACUGAAUGGAGUCUGUCCGUUUUGCGCGCAGUUCUGCGCAGUGCUGCACCCGAGCACGUCCGGCCAGCUACUUGGCGCUUUGUAGAAUAUAGUACUUUGUUAUCGCAGGUAAUACACCGAAGAACGUCUAACACAUAAUCCUGUCCAAUCGUAUCCACUCUGAUUAGGAAGCGGUGCUGGAUCAAGCUUGGCAGCUGCUUGCUACUCGAGGGGAGUCACGCAGCUAAUACACCGAAGAACAUCUAACACAUAAUCCUGUUCAAGCGUAUCCACUCCGAUAUGAAAGUG